GCUCAGGCCCGGUCGGCGCCGGAAGUGUGCGGUUGCCAUGUAAUAUCCUGGCCGCGCGGGCGCGAGAGGGGCUGAGGCUGCGCCCGGGCGGCGCGGAGCUGGCGUGAAGGCUGCGGAGGCGGUGCCGACGGGGCCAGCUGAAGCGCGCGGGGGCUCGGCGGCGCCCGGGAGCCUGUCGCUUGCGCUGUUUCUCCGGUUCGCUGGGUCCCAACGGGAAGUACGACGGCGGAAGGCAGAAUGUCGGUGGCGGGGCUGAAGAAGCAGUUCUACAAGGCGAGCCAGCUGGUCAGCGAGAAGGUCGGAGGGGCUGAAGGGACCAAGCUUGACGAUGACUUCAAAGAGAUGGAGAAGAAGGUGGAUGUUACCAGCAAGGCUGUGGCGGAAGUGCUGGCCAGAACCAUCGAAUACCUGCAGCCCAACCCAGCCUCAAGGGCCAAGCUGAGUAUGCUCAACACGGUAUCCAAGAUCCGUGGGCAGGUGAAGAAUCCUGGCUACCCGCAGUCGGAAGGCCUGCUGGGCGAGUGCAUGAUUCGUCACGGGAAGGAGCUGGGUGGCGAGUCCAACUUCGGCGACGCCCUGCUGGAUGCAGGGGAGUCCAUGAAGUGCCUGGCAGAGGUGAAGGACUCGUUGGACAUAGAGGUCAAGCAGAACUUCAUCGACCCCCUCCAGAACCUGUGCGACAAAGACUUGAAGGAGAUCCAGCACCACUUGAAGAAGCUCGAGGGCCGCCGCCUGGACUUUGACUAUAAGAAGAAGCGGCAGGGCAAGAUCCCCGAUGAGGAGCUGCGCCAGGCCCUGGAGAAGUUCGAGGAGUCCAAGGAGGUGGCGGAGACCAGCAUGCACAACCUGCUGGAGACUGAUAUAGAGCAGGUGAGCCAGCUCUCUGCCCUGGUGGAUGCCCAGUUGGAAUACCACCGGCAGGCCGUGCAGAUCCUGGACGAGCUGGCCAGCAAGCUUAAGCGAAGGAUGCGGGAAGCCUCUUCGCGCCCCAAACGUGAAUAUAAGCCCAAGCCCCGGGAGAGCUUUGAGAAUGCAGAGUCUGAGCAGUCCAACGGGGGCUUCCCGGCCCCCAAGAUCACAGCCUCGUCAUCUUUCCGAUCUUCCGACAAGCCCAUCCGGACCCCCAGCAGGACCAUGCCGCCCCUGGACCAGCCAAGCUGCAAGGCACUCUAUGACUUUGAGCCUGAGAACGAUGGGGAGCUGGGCUUCCAUGAGGGCGACAUCAUCACCCUGACCAACCAGAUCGACGAGAACUGGUACGAGGGCAUGCUCCAUGGCCAGUCGGGCUUCUUCCCCCUCAGCUACGUGGAGGUGCUGGUGCCCCUGCCUCAGUGACAGCAUGGGCCUGCUCACCUCUCCGUCCAGAUCGCCUGUAUUCCGCUCGGCCCGAAGCACAGCAAGGGCAGUGCUCCUCCCGGGGCCUCCCGAGGUAUUCCCAGGGCACCAGGACUCGAGGCAGCAGGGCCAAUCGGAGAGGCCAGGGGCCCUGUUUACACUAGUGCUCACCAUAGAGGUGGUGUGGGCUCCCCUCCCACCGCCCUGAGGGGAGCUAACACUAAGGUGCUCUUAGAAACACUAACUUCCUCCCGCCCCUCCAGGACUGGUAACUCUGGGUGGGUCCCCUUCACUCAGACACACAUACCCUCUGUCCCCUCCUUAUUGUGAGCAGACAAAGUCUGUGUGAUGCGGUGGUCCAAGCAGGACCCCUGGCCCAGACUCACCUGCUUUUAAAUUCCAAGACACUCCUCAGGCCCCUGCAUGCCCACAGAUGCCACCUCCCUAGCGGGGCCUCACCCAGGGGCCCUGUCCUCAGCUGCAGGGCUGAGCCCCACACACCCAUGCCCACCCCUAACCAAGCACAUGGACCAUUUUUGGCACAAGCUGCCACCACCAGCUACACACACACACACACCACAUACAUGGGACCAUGGGAGCCCCCAGCUUCCUCUCUGCUGAAAGUCAAGCACAAAGGCUUUGAUGAGUGAAUGUUGCCAGACCCCUGGCUGCUCGGGAGGGUCACAGGGCCUCCCCCUUCCCAAGCUGGCUGCCAUCCCCCUGUUGACAGUAUCCCCAGCUGUCUCCUCCAGACCAAGGUAGGCAGCUGCCAGACCAGCAGGGCCCAGCCCUGCAUCUGCUUCGCCUCUCGCCUAAUCUGAAAUUGGCCUCGGGGGACCUCGGGCCUGGUUCACAUUCCCUUCCCCCGUGACCCUGCACAGCCCAUGACACCAGGCUCUGCUCGUCCCAGGGCCCCCCACCGUCCUGAGUGGGUGCGACACAGGCAUCCGGACCAAGACAAGCAGCGUAGCCUUGGUCAGUCUAGGGCAAUGGAAAUGUAAUCCUGACUUUUUUAAAGAAGUAUUAAACGUCUCUUUCUACAGUC